AUGACUGCAUAUCGCCAACAAAUUGAUGACCAAAAUCUAACUACUACGAAUACUACCGGUAAUGAUAGUCAGAUUGGUAGUACAGCUUUACCAACGGCAGAAUCGAAAACUGAUACCUUCUCAACAGAAGCUAUAUCGGAUAAUGUGCUAGCUAAUAAGAAACCACCGAGUCCAUACUUAAUGGUAGAAUCCUAUUUCAACUUCGUAACGAAUUGUUUUCAUACUUCAAAGUUUUGCGAAAGUGAAGUAAAUAAGGAUGCUCAGGUCUACAGUAAAUUUCUUAGACAAGGCAAGGAAAAUAACAUUAGCAGCCAUCUUGAACUACAAAGUUUUAAUUAUUUUAAAACCUAUGUAACCUACCGACCUUUAUUGCAGACCAAUUACGUAACGCUGCAACCUUAUACCGGCUCUUUUAUUGAAAUUCCGGAAAUAAGUGAUCGGUGCACUGAAGGGAAAGUAUAUAGUGCACGUCUUAAAAUUGAUAAGAAAAUAAAAGUUAAAGAAUUAUUAGAAAAGUUUCCGUGUCGACUUCGAUUUAAUAAAGACUGUCGGAGAACAUGUCAUAGUUCCGUAUUCAGGAAUACUGAAAUUAAACCGGACGGUUUACAACCUCUAUGUGAGAUUAUGCAGUUUAACUGCAAGUUUUCUUGUCCGUCGUUAGCAGGACAGCAGUAA